CACGGAGCCAGUAACUCUGCUCACAGUCCGGAUGCUCUCUGUGCUCGUGGAGCGACUAUAGACGACUGCGCUGUGUCGGUCCUCGCUGUCUCUCUGCAGCCAUAUGACUGAUCCUUGAGCAACACACAAGAAUCCAACAGCAGUGAGUCCCAGCAGGUGGCGUUGUGUUGUGCAGACCAUGGCUCUCUCCUGGAUUCUGCUCCAGGUGUUCCUGUUCUCCACCCUGACACUGUCCCACGGCAAGAGGAGACAGUCACAAACCUCAACAGAUGACAGCAGUGUCCUACAGCACCGUCCACAGAGUGUACAGGGCCACGGCAACAGCAGGGACCAUGGACGGCAUGGGAGCAAGAGAGCCUGGAUUACCAAAGGUAGAUCUGAGCUGUACUCACACCGGGCCCUGCACCCGCUGGCCUGGCUGGAGGACGAUGGGACGGGCCUGGAAGGUUUGAGCCCAGUGAGACUGGAGAUGGGGCCAGGAAGGGACAGAGACAGAGUUCGAAUGAAUACGAGGAAUCCGUCCCAGGUGCGAGAAAACCACUUGGUGGGGACGACCAAACGGAGAGGACACAGACCCGGACAUGGACAGCAGUUUGAACACAGGAGACAGGGGAAUCGGCGUGAUAAGGGGCGACAUGGUAAAGGGUUUCCUCUGGAGCCUGAGGAGAGGUCUGUACUCAAGGACAGAGAUGUGUUCCAGGACCCUCCCUCCUCCUCCCCCUCCGCUGUUUCCCCCGCCCUGAGUGUGACCCCGCCCAGUGAACCUCCCUCCCCCAUCCCAGCCAUUUUUGGCUCUGGCUCCGCCAUGGUUACCAUGGUGAUGAACGAGCAUCCCCCAACAGUGCCCCCGGCCUCCACCAAACCCCAGAGGUCUGGUCGUGGAAAAGGACAAGGAGAGGUGAUGCCUACUCUGGACAUGGCACUCUUUGACUGGACUGACUACGAAGAUAUGAAACCCGUGGACGUCUGGCCUUCUUCCAGGCAAAAAGACAAGAGGCGGAGUAAGAACCUCAGCAGCGGAAAUGUGACUGCAGACGCUGAUGCCGUUGAGCCGUGUGACCACCACCUGGACUGUCUCCCAGGUUCUUGUUGUGACCUGAGGCAACAUGAGUGUAAACUUCACAACAGAGGCCUCAACAACAAAUGCUAUGAUGACUGCAUGUGUGAGGAAGGAUUUCGCUGUUAUGCCAAAUUCCAUCGGAAACGGCGCGUGACCAAGAGGAGGGGUCGCUGCGUGGUACCAGAGUCGGUCAGCAGCGACCAAGGAGGCUUCAUCACCAUCUGACGACAAAGGUGAAGGAGAUGAAAGGAGGAGAAUCGGGAAGAAGGAAACCAUGAAUUCUCUCUCACGUAGAAAACAGCACAGCCAAAAUGUCAAACGACCCUGCUGACAGACCAAGUGAUUAAAAGUCAUAUGUUUUCUUGCCUUUUCUCUUUUCUCAUAUACAGUAGCAUUCAAAAACCAGUUCAGGUAAAACAAAGCAAUCCAGCAAACCACCACCUUUAAGCACUUGAUUGAUGAAAUAAAAUGAAAAUACAUGAACCUUUUGGUUGCUCUAAUCCAGUGUCAUAUUAAGUACAAAAAAAGAUGGACUUUUAAAAGCUUGCUCUGUCAAUUUCUUUUAGGAAAUACAUUUUUAUUUAGUUUUUCAUUGACAGAAACGAUCCACUGGGCUGGUGACUCAUCACACAGUGGUAAACAUUUUUAUUUGCUUCUAUUCAACACAGUUAUGUUGCUAUUUGUUUUGUUACAUUUUGGAAAAAAAACCUUUUCAAACACCUCUUAUAAAACAUUUGAAUACAUUCAAUGUUUCUAUUGACCGCAGUCAAAUAGUGUUUACAGGUCAUUUUAAGCAGGAUGUUCCUUCUGCUCUUUUAGGCCAACACAUCUGAUCAUUUGUCGCUCACAGAAAAGAUGCAAAAAUGUUUCUGAAAUACAUCGAGUUGUGUGUGUGCAUGCACGUGUGUGUGCGUGUGUGUGUGUGCAAACUCAGCUAAAAUGUGUUUCUGGACAUGUUGCUCACCUGCUUCCCGACAGACAUCAUAAAAACUGGUUAAUGCUUUUUCAACAGUUCUGUAAAUAUGAAUGUGUUUGAAUUGCCAAGAGUUCUUUUUUUCUUUUUUAAUUCAUUCAACUUCUCUUCACAUGUACUUCACAGAUUAGAAAAUAAACAACGAUGCCUGUUUGACCUUAUGUAUACAUGUCUUAAUAUAUGUUUUAUUUAUGAGCUACUUAAAGAUGUUUAUUGUGUUUCCCUGUCUUUCUUUUGUUUUCAUGAUUAAACACUUACUCAGAUACA